UGUGCACAUCACAGAGACUGACCUUCAGAUCAAGAUGAAGACCCUCUUCAUCUUCACCCUCUACUUGAUCUCAGGUCUCCUCCAGGUUGUGCUCAUUGGAAAGGCCAUGUUUUGUGGUACUGGGUUCCACAACGUGGGAAAGCAGUGUAUAGAUGAGGAUGAGUGUGAGGAUGAUCCCAGUAUCUGUGGUCAUAAUUCAGUCUGUCACAACACAGACGGCAGCUAUUACUGCAGCUGUCAGCCAGGAUUUCAGCCCACAAAGCUCAACUUUACUGCCGCCACUGGCCAGUGUAAAGACAUAAAUGAGUGCACAGAUAAAGAGAAGAUGUGUCCCAAGAACUCGACGUGUAGGAACUCUAUUGGCUCGUACACGUGUGAGUGUAAACCUGGCUUCUGGAAGUCCACAGAGACCUCCACCUGUAAAGACAUUGAUGAGUGUGCUAAUGAUCCCGCUGUGUGUGGUUCCCAUGGCUUAUGCAGUAACACACAUGGCAGCUUCACCUGCACUUGCCCCGUGGGGUUCCGUAACCAGGGCAACAGCAGUACCCCAUGUGAAGACAUCGACGAAUGUGAAAGUGAGGAACACAAGUGUGGAGAACAUGGAAAGUGCAUCAACUUACCUGGCAGCUACAACUGCACGUGCAACCCUGGAUACCGUAACUAUGGAAACAACCAGGCCAAAUGCACAGACAUAAACGAGUGUAUAUCAAGCAACCCGUGUACCAAAAAUACAACAUGUAUAAAUACUGUUGGCUCAUACGCGUGUGAGCAUUUCCAAAAGCCCACAGAAUCUGCUACCUGUACAGGUGUUCCUUCAAAUUCUCCUGUCAUCAUCACUGUGUGUGUCUGCUUGACGGUGCUGCUGAUUGUGGUGCUGGUUCUCUACAAACUGGGAUGUAGCAAGAUAGAAGGCUGCACUGAAAGAGUUGAUUAUGACUGUGAAAAUAAUCCAACUGGAAACAAGAACAUCAGCAUGGGCCAAGUCUACCAGAGUCUAAACCCCAACACCAACCAAUCAGACUCAGUCUACCAGAGUGUAAACCCCAACACCAACCAAUCAGAUUCAAGUGCCAGUGAGAUGGAAUUCACUACAGGAGUGUAG